GAAAAUAGCGCGAGCGCGGGCGCAAGGGCACGCGCUAGCCAGCGCGGGCGAUGGCGCUGGCGCUCGCAUGUGAAGCACAGCAGGGCCUCCGCCUGGCCGGCGGCGGCCUUGCCGCGGAUCGUAUGCCCAGCGGAUCGAGAGCCCCUUCAUACAUUUCGCCUACAUUGCGACCCGGGUGGCUGUUUCAAGCGCGCCGCGGCGGAACGGUGUGGAAAAUACCCGGGCCAGGGCCAGGCGCGGCAGGCGAAUGGAAACAAAAGAGACGGCGCUGCGGCUUUAUUGAAAACUGCGG